GGCGCGGGCGCUGUCCAGCGUGCUGAAGCCCUAGAGAGCGAGCAGUCCGGAGCUGUGCCGAUCCUGCUGAGCCCAGCCUACUGGACGUCAGACCUCGACCGUCGCUCAAAGCCCAGCCACCACUCGAAGCCAAGGCGGACGGGUCCCGAUCUUCCCUUGUCCCUACCCUGCCCCGACCCUCCUCUCCACCUCCCUCAUCGUGACACCGGCUGUCUCCGGCAGCCCCUUGGUCAUGAAAUCCCUCAGGUUGCCGGCUUCCGCCCUCUUCUGCUUCCUUCUACUGAUCAAGGGGUUAGGAGCAGCGCCCCCGGGGCGCCCCGAGGCGCAGCCUCCUCCCCUCAGCUCUGACCAUAAAGAGCCAGUAGCUGGGGUCGCAACGCCCGGGCAAAAGGAUGAUAGCGCCCCAGAUGUCCGAGCCGCUCGAAAUUCUGAGCCGCAGGACGAGGGAGAGCUUUUCCAGGGCGUGGAUCCCCGGGCGCUGGCCGCGGUGCUGCUGCAGGCACUCGACCGCCCGGCGUCGUCCCCGGCGUCGGGUGGCUCCCAGCAGCGGCCAGCUGAAGACACAGCAGAAGCUCUGCUCACCGAGACCGUGCGCAGCCAGACCCACAGCCUACCGGCCCCAGAGACCCAGGCACCCGCGGUCCCGCCUCGCCCUCAGACGCAGGAGAACGGUCUGGAAGCGGGAGACCCCUCUGAGGAGCUCGAGGCGCUAGCGUCACUGCUCCAAGAACUUCGAGAUUUCAGUCCGAGCAGUGCCAAGCGCCAGCAAGAGACGGCGGCAGCAGAGACCGAAACCCGCACGCACACGCUGACCCGAGUCAAUCUGGAGAGCCCUGGGCCAGAGCGCGUAUGGCGCGCUUCCUGGGGAGAGUUCCAGGCGCGCGUCCCAGAGCGCGCGCCUCUGCCGCCCCCAGCUCCUUCGCAAUUCCAGGCGCGUAUGCCUGAGAACGGGCCCCUUCCCGAAGCCCACCAGUUCGGGGAAGGAGUGUCCUCCCCCAAAACACACCUGGGAGAGGCUUUGGCACCCUUAUCCAAGGCGUACCAAGGCCUGGGCGCCCCCUUCCCCAAGGCGCGCCGGCCGGAGAGCUCACUCUUGGGCGGCUCCGAGGCGGGGGAGCGCCUACUACAGCAAGGGCUGGCGCAGGUAGAGGCCGGGCGGCGGCAGGCAGAAGCCACAAGGCAGGCCGCGGCGCAGGAAGAGCGGCUGGCCGACCUCGCCUCGGACCUGCUGCUCCAGUAUUUGCUGCAGGGCGGGGCCCGGCAGCGCGGCCUGGGGGGUCGGGGGCUGCAGGAGACGCAGGAGCAGCGAGAGAGCGAGAGGGAGGAGGCGGAGCAGGAGAGACGCGGUGGGGAGGAGAGGGUGGGGGAAGAGGAUGAGGAGGCGGCGGAGGCCGAGGCGGAGGCGGAGGAGGCAGAGAGGGCGCGGCAGAACGCGCUACUGUUUGCCGAGGAGGAGGACGGGGAAGCCGGAGCAGAGGACAAGCGCUCCCAGGAGGAGACGCCAGGCCACCGGCGGAAGGAGGCUGAGGGGGCAGAGGAGGGCGGGGAGGAGGAGGACGACGACGAGGAGAUGGACCCGCAGACGAUCGAUAGCCUCAUUGAGCUGUCCACUAAACUCCACCUGCCAGCCGACGAUGUGGUCAGCAUCAUCGAGGAGGUGGAGGAGAAGCGGAAGCGGAAGAAGAACGCCCCUCCAGAGCCAGUGCCGCCCCCCCGGGCCGCCCCCGCCCCAGCCCCCACCCACGUCCGCUCCCCGCAGCCCCCGCCUCCCGCCCCCGCCCCCGCUCGGGACGAGCUGCCGGACUGGAACGAAGUGCUCCCGCCCUGGGAUCGGGAGGAGGACGAGGUGUUUCCCCCUGGGCCCUACCACCCUUUUCCCAACUACAUUCGGCCGCGGACACUGCAGCCGCCUGCGGCCUCGCGCCGCCGCCACUAUCACCACGCCCUGCCGCCUUCGCGCCACUAUCCCGACCAGGAGGCCCAGGCGCAGCGCGCGCAGGAGGCGGCGGAGGCGGAGGAGCGCCGGCUGCAGGAGCAGGAGGAGCUGGAGAAUUACAUCGAGCACGUGCUGCUCCGGCGCCCGUGACCCGCCCCGGCCCCGCCCCCGCGCGUCCCCGCCGCGCGCGCCGCCACUCCCCCUCCGUGUCGCUCCUCCGCCCUCUCGGUGUUUGCAUGCGCCCCGGCCCCGCCCCUCGGUCGCCUCCUGGCCCCGCCCCCGCCCGCGGGCCGCUGUGUCUCCGGGCUGUUCCGGGACCUGCCAGACCUCUUCUCGGGACCGAAGCCCGAACUCCCAAAACUCUCGGGUUACCCGGGGCCCGCCCAGGUGGGCGGGUGGUUUGUGCGAGUUCCCUCCCCUCGGCGGGGCCCUGUCCCUAACGAGUCUCUCUAGGGACGUCCCCGUCCGAAACCGGAAAAAGCAGUUCCAAUUAAUUGUGUGAAAAUGUGUCUGUCUCUCGCCCUUUGGGAGUCCCUAGAGCCUGUCCGCUCUCUCCAAAUCGCUCUGAAUUUACCUCUCCUUUCCUCUCACUGUUGUAAAUACCCCCCACGGAGGAAAUAGUUUUGCUAAGAAAUAAAAGUGACUAUUUUAUUAGGA